AUGGGCGGCAGCAGGUCGAGCAAGAGGAGGAGGCUGGAGGACACGAAGACAGAGAGAGAGGAGGAGGAGGACAAAGACAAAAGCCGGAGGGAAACAAGACGAAUACGAAGAAAGAUAUGCGAGCACGGGCGGCGGCGAUCGCAAUGCAAGGACUGCGGGGGCAGCAGCAUAUGCGAGCACGGGCGGCGGCGAUCGGGAUGCAAGGACUGCGGGGGCAGCAGCAUAUGCGAGCACGGGCGGCAGCGAUCGGAAUGCAAGGACUGCGGGGGCAGCAGCAUAUGCGAGCACGGGCGGCAGCGAUCGGGAUGCAAGGACUGCGGGGGCAGCAGCAUAUGCGAGCACGGGCGGCAGCGAUCGGAAUGCAAGGACUGCGGGGGCAGCAGCAUAUGCGAGCACGGGCGGCGGCGAUCGGGAUGCAAGGACUGCGGGGGCAGCAGCAUAUGCGAGCACGGGCGGCGGCGAUCGGAAUGCAAGGACUGCGGGGGCAGCAGCAUAUGCGAGCACGGGCGGCAGCGAUCGGUAUGCAAGGACUGCGGGGGCAGCAGCAUAUGCGAGCACGGGCGGCAGCGAUCGAGAUGCAAGGACUGCGGGGGCAGCAGCAUAUGCGAGCACGGGCGGCGGCGAUCGGGAUGCAAGGACUGCAGGGGCAGCAGCAUAUGCGAGCACGGGCGGCGGCGAUCGGUAUGCAAGGACUGCGGGGGCAGCAGCAUAUGCGAGCACGGGCGGCAGCGAUCGCAAUGCAAGGACUGCAGGGGCAGCAGCAUAUGCGAGCACGCGCGGCAGCGAUCGGGAUGCAAGGACUGCGGGGGCAGCAGCAUAUGCGAGCACGGGCGGCAGCGAUCGAGAUGCAAGGACUGCGGGGGCAGCAGCAUAUGCGAGCACGCGCGGCGGCGAUCGGUGUGCAAGGACUGCGGGGGCAGCAGCAUAUGCGAGCACGCGCGGCAGCGAUCGGGAUGCAAGGACUGCGGGGGCAGCAGCAUAUGCGAGCACGGGCGGCGGCGAUCGGGAUGCAAGGACUGCGGGGGCAGCAGCAUAUGCGAGCACGGGCGGCGGCGAUCGGGAUGCAAGGACUGCGGGGGCAGCAGCAUAUGCGAGCACGGGCGGAAGCGAUCGGUAUGCAAGGACUGCCGGGGAGAGAUCAGCAGGUACAAGCAGGGGAGGAGCUGA